AUGCGACCAAGCAGUGUGAUCCUCUUGCCAAAUCUUGCUCUCCUCUUGCUGUGCCUCUCUGCUGCGAUUGGUCGUAUCAAUGCUUUGUCGUCGGAGAAUCAUACCAAUCGUCCAUCAUCUUGUUCCACCACUCGGAGGCGGCUCUUGAUGGAAUCGAUGAGCAAAAUAUUGACCGCAACUACAGUGACAACAGCAGUGGCGACAACAAACAGCAGUCCAGCGUGGGCAGCCAAAGGUGCAGCCGAACUAGAUUUUGAAUUCUACAUGCGAGAUCUUGUGGGUGGAAACAAACGAGAGGGAACCAUCUUGCCAUCCGAACCAUUGCCCGUUGCACCACCACGAACUUUGUCCGGUCCAUUGAUCCCACUCUUGCUCAACAAAGAAUGUUCUGCUUCAUGCAUACCAGUACAAGCUCUAGUACAACAGAUAUUAUCACAAAAGAACGGAAACAAUAGCAACAACAAGGAUGACGAAGAUAAGAUCACCAAGGAAAUUCAGCAAAAAGUGCAAUUCCUUCGAGAAAAAAUAGGGAAAUCUUUCUACACCAAAGCUCCAUGGCAAAAGGAAGAAGUCACGGAUCAGUAUUAUUUUGACCUUACAGCGUAUGCAUUAUGGCGAACGGCAGCCGAACUGUUGCCAAACUUUGUAGAUCGUGAUCAAUUCGUCCGAAGGUUUGGAAGAUUGCUAUAUCAAGCAAUGCAAGAUCAAAAGCUGAUACCCAGUAGUCAACCUUUGACUGCUCCAAGCUUGGUUCGGUCUCUACCUCAGGUACUUGCCGUCUUGAAUCUGUUUCAGUCGAGUAACUUUUGUAAGGGAUUCAAGAUUCGACAGGACGAUAGCAGCAAGGAUGAUAAAGGGGAUCCUGUCUUUGAUGACCUCGAUGAUGAAAGCCUCGUGACUUCUGGGCUUGGAGUUGACUGUCUAGUGUCAGUGUAUGAACCAUCCACUCUUGGUGCCAGCUUGCAAAUCAAUGGAGAGCAGAGUCGUUUUGGUCCUGAUUUGGUAGGCCCGACUUUGGCAGCUGUCUGGGAACAAGCUGGGGUCAAGUCUGCAUGGGAAACCUUCUUUGUGGACCCAGAAUAUAGACCGAAUCCAAAGGAUUACUUUCCAAAUGAACAGGUGAGUAAAGUGAGGUAUUCGUUGAUUUUAGCCACACAUCAAGACUCUUCUGCCGAACUGACCAUCAUGUUUCAAAUCCCAAAUCACUGGCUUUCUGCUUCUUCGAUACACCAUUAUAUUCAGUUGUUGCAAUUCUCCCUCUCUCGAAAGCGGUAG